AUGUCGAUUUCGUUCCGUGUUAACCCGGAAUACGCUAAAGUAAGCGAAAUAGUGCCCGGAUUGUUUAUAUGUGGAGUGAGUGCGUUGACGCCGGAGGAUAUGAAGAAAAACAAGAUUACCCAUAUCAUCAACGCCACUACCGAAGUGCCGAAUCUUCGAAGUUUGGGCGAUAUUCAACGCACGAAAUUGUGGCUCGAAGAUACUCCACAAACCUAUAUCUACCCACAUUUGGAGCUACAGAGUGAUCAGAUCCAAGCGAUUAUUGCCGAUGGCGGUAGGGUUCUUGUGCACUGUGUGGCCGGUGUGUCACGAUCGGCUUCAAUUUGCCUCGCUUUCUUGACGAAGUAUAGGUGUCGUUCGCUCCGUGACGCCUAUCAUCUGAUGAAGUCCAAGCGACCAAUGGUCCGUCCCAAUCUCGGUUUCUGGCGGCAACUCAUCGCAUACGAACAGAAUGUGAAGGAGAAUGCGGGUAGUGUUCGACUUGUCCGAGAUGAGGCCCAGCCGGAAUGUUUGCUGCCGGAUGUAUACUUGUCGAUUGCGAUCCAGCCCCGACCAGUGAGUCCUGACCAGGAAGGUGUCGAGCGACAAAGCGAUGAGCCUCGAGAACGACGCAGCUAUAACGCUCUGCUUCAUGGUUCUCAUAAGUACUACCGUAUUUCAUCUUCUUCAUCAUCAUCACCAUCAACGUUCGCUCUCGCAUACGGGUUUAAAUCCACACGGGACUCAUCAUCCAAACAUACAGAGAGACACGUUUAG